GGUUUACUGAACUUAUAAGCUUUAAGAUGAAGAUUUGCUUUAUCAUAGCACUCUCUCUGCUUGGAACCACCUAUGCCUAUGGGCCUGAAGAGGAAAGCACUGAUCCAAAUGUUUUCGAAGGGGACAUGAUUCUAACCCCUGAACAAAGAGCUGCAGCAAUGAACGGUGGUAACGUAGACGCACCCAUUGGCCGUGGAUCCAUCAAAAGUAAAAGAUGGCCUGGUGGAGUUCUCGUAUACUCCAUCAAUAGGGACUUAGCUCGAAACAGCCGUGCUAUGAAUGCCAUCCGAGCUGGAAUGGAAGAAUGGACCUCAAAGACGUGCAUUCGAUUCAGGCUUCGAUCUGGAAAUGAAAGAGCGUAUGCAUACUUUAGAUCUGGAUCCGGGUGCUCGUCMUAUGUAGGUAGAACUGGUGGAAGUCAGCCAAUUACACUUGMUUCUGGCUGUUGGUAUAAGGGAAUAGUAGCUCAUGAAAUUGGUCACGCUCUCGGUUUGUACCAUGAGCAAUCUCGACCAGAUCGUGAUAACUACGUUACUAUCCACUGGGGGAACAUACGAUCCGCGAGUAAAUUCAACUUCAACAAGUACAGUACCAACACUAUAGACUCGCUUAAUACUCCAUACGACUAUGGCUCCAUUAUGCACUACAGUUCUCGUUCCUUUAGCAAGAACGGCAGACCAACGAUCACUGCUAAGAAAUCUGGGGUUUCUUUAGGACAAAGGCGUGGUUUAAGUGCAAUCGACGCUCAACAAAUGAACUUAAUGUACAAUGGAAUAUGUAAUGGUGGAGGAGGUGUUGUUCCAACCUUUCCCCCUCUGCCCCCAACAGGUAGAUAUCAAUUAAUACGUACUUAUUGA